GUGCAACAGAAACGUAUUCUACAAGCUUUGCCUUACAAACUUGCUCAUUUCUCUAGUAUAAGUAGUAAUGAGGUGAUGGAGUAUUGUGGAGAUUUUUCAAGAGCUAUCACUUGUUCCUUACUUGCCUUUUUUCCCUUGCAUUCCCUUUCGUUGAGAUAAAUCUCAGAUCCUACACAGUUUUCUCUUGCCCAUAUUUUGUUCUUUGUUUUUUUCAUCCACAUUCUUUCAUCUUUACUAUUUAUUUAUUGAUAAGAUGAGUCUUACUAUUGAUCCUCUUCAAAAAAUCUCUCCACGGAAGGAAGCUUGGAGUAUUGAGGCUAAGAUCUUGACCAUUUGGGAAGAUGCUAGCAUUGUUAAUGAAAAUAUGCAGAAACUCUUACAUGUGGUCUUGAUGGAUAAGCAGCACGACAAGGUCCAAGCAACUGUUGAGGAUGAUUUGAUCACAACUUUUAUUCAUCAGUUAAAAGAAGGACACGUAUUCAUUAUUUUCGACUUCAAAGUGAUACCUAAUGGUGGAUUGGUUAGGGUUACAAGACAUCGGUUCCGCAUCCUUUUCAAGUGUAGUACCUCUGUUGUUGCAACUGCAAGUAGAGUCAUACCUAAUCCUGGUUUAAGUCUAACUUCUAUGGACGAGAUUCUUCAAAAGCGCACUGAUUAUGAGUAA